GGUCGCUUUACUGGCUGGGGAAAGGGAAAGGCGAGGGGGGAGGCAAGGAAGAUGUAGGUGAUGAGGGACAUGGAUGGCGAGAAGAGGGGGCUGCUGACAGGUUGGACAGAAAGGGAGAGAAAGAUGCGGGGAUGCAGGACCACGAGGCCGGGCGGGCCAUGAGGCGGGCCAUGAGCCGGGCCAUGAGCCAGGUCGAUCACGGGGGGCAGGCGCGCUGGGGGAAGCGGCUGGUGUUAGCGUCACCGCGUGAGUCAGGCAGGAGAGCUCGCACCGACCAGCCGCUUUCGGGAGGCCUCCGCACCGCCGCCGUCGCCACCGUCAGUCCGCUGCAGAUCGCCGCCCACGUCUGUGUCUCCCGCUGUCGCUCCGAGUGCACGCCCGCAAGCGCUCCUCUCCCGCAGGUGUACCUCUCCAAGGGCCACGUGCACCUGAUUCCCCUGGCUUCGUCCCCUGCUUCUCUCACACCGCUUCCCUCCGGCACCCCCUCCGUCAUGGACGCCGUCAGCACCGUCAGGCGGCUCCCCGAACACACCCGCCUCGCGCAAGUCCAGGCGCCGCCCGCUAAGGUCGACGGGUAUCCCGGCAAGAUCAGCCGAGAGCAGCAUGUGGCACACGUGUACGUUCCUGUGGGCGUGGCCGCACUGCUGCGUGAGUACCCGACGCUCGUGGCGCCCGCCGUCCACGCCUUCUGCAGGAGAGAUGUCAUCGAUAACAAGCAUGUCGCCUUCCCCGUCCCGUCCCUCUUUAAGGAGUCUCUUCCAUACUUUCGGAGGAGUCAUCGUGCAGGAUACGAGUAA